AGCAUCUUCUCCCCCUGACGUCAUGACAGCAGCAUCAGCUGUUAGCUCCGCCGCUGUAAGCCUCUCCGCCGGCCGUCGCUCCCCGCACAAAGGAAAUAUAUGAGAUCCCCUCCGAUCCCUGAAAUGGCGACACAGGAGGUUCAGCUGAACGAGACUCUGGCCCACCUGAAGACCGAGUCGGACACGCUCAAGACCAAGCUGGAGGAGGAGAGGGCGAAGCUGCACGACGUCGAGCUUCAUCAGGUGGCAGAGAAGGUGGAGGCCCUGGGUCAGUUCGUCAUGAAGACCCGCAGGACUCUGAAGGGACACGGCAACAAGGUUCUCUGCAUGGACUGGUGUAAGGACAAGAGGAGAAUCGUCAGCUCCUCACAGGAUGGAAAAGUGAUCGUAUGGGACGCUUUCACCACCAACAAGGAGCACGCUGUGACAAUGCCUUGCACCUGGGUGAUGGCCUGCGCCUACGCUCCAUCUGGCUGCGCCGUGGCUUGUGGGGGCCUGGAUAAUAAAUGCUCUGUGUAUCCUCUGUCCCUGGACAAGAACGAGAACUUGGCUGCCAAGAAGAAGUCAGUGGCGAUGCACACAAACUAUUUGUCUGCCUGUUGCUUCACCAACUCAGACAUGCAGAUCCUGACAUCCAGCGGCGAUGGGACCUGUGCAUUAUGGGACGUGGAGAGCGGGCAGCUGCUGCAGAGCUUCCACGGCCACGCUGCAGACGUGCUCUGUCUGGACCUGGCCCCGUCUGAGACCGCAAACACCUUCGUUUCAGGGGGCUGUGACAAGAAGGCGAACGUGUGGGACAUGCGUUCAGGGCAGUGCAUCCAGUCUUUCGAGACACACGAAUCCGACAUAAACAGUGUGCGAUACUAUCCGAGUGGAGAUGCUUUUGCAUCUGGCUCAGAUGACGCUACAUGUCGUCUGUACGACUUGAGGGCAGACAGAGAAGUGGCCAUUUAUUCCAAAGAGAGCAUCAUCUUCGGGGUCUCCAGCGUUGAUUUCUCCCUCAGUGGUCGGCUACUGUUCGGCGGAUACAACGACUACACGAUCAACGUGUGGGACGUUCUCAAAGGAACGCGGGUCUCCAUUCUGUUUGGGCACGAGAACCGGGUCAGCACACUGCGGGUCUCCCCCGACGGGACGGCCUUCUGCACGGGAUCCUGGGACCACACUCUUCGGAUCUGGGCCUAAAACCCGCCACGAUGGAUUAAACACGAGACCACUAAAGGCACACUGACGUUUCUGCUUGCUAGCGUACAAUCAGAGAGAUAGGAACUCAGUUUUGGUUGUACAUAGUGCAUAUCAAUAGCAUUGUAUAUACUCUUGUCUUCUGGUCGGGGUAGAUUUAAGUAUAUCAGAGUUAUUAAACUAAGUGGCACGCUUGCAUUACAACAUGACCAAAAGAAACUAGCACAGAAAUACUUAAUACUUAGAGAGUAUAUUGCUGAAAAUCUUUGAAUGGUAGAGAGUUGCAGUGGCGUAGGGUAGAAGUGACACAAUGAAGUAUUGUAUCGUAGAUGCCCACAUAAAGGACAAUAUUUAUUUGUUUUCUUCACUAGUGAUAAUGAAAGAUGCAGUCUGAGGGGAAAAACACGAGUAAAUCUGACCGGGAUGGAGGAACGGCGAGUAGAGUUCCUUCUCUGUGGGUCUAGAAUGGGUUUAAAUAAUGAUCACUAUUUAAUAAUUAACGUAAUAAAAACAACCCAUGGGCAGUAGAGAGAAGGGACGUAAAAUGAAACAAACAAAACUGCAAUCUUGAUUUUUUUUUUAUUUGAAGUGAAAAAAGUGAAUAAGUUCCAGGAGUGGUUAACAGAACAUUCCCUGUUUUUACCAACAGUUCACCUUCCAAAACUGUACUGAAGUAAGAAAAUUACAUUUACAGGUUAGAGUUUGUAAUGUUUUUUUUUUUUAGUUUUGCAAUUAUGAAAACAGGGUGUUGAGUUUAUUCUCAAUUUUUAGUUUUUUUCAGUCAUAAGAAAGCACUUUCUUUCUUUUUUAAGGACCCUGCAGCUUCCAAUGAAAAUUCUCCUCCAUCACAUUUAAGAAUGGUUGAACGAAUGUAUCCCUUCCCAUGCAGCUGCGCGAUAGCUUUGAUUUCAUAUUUACUGUAAUUAUUUUGCUGUAGUUUAGUGUACAGAUAUACAAGGGACUGUUAUUCAGAGGAUUACAAACCUAAUAAACCAUGUUUUGAAUAUCAA